AUGGAGCCUGUGAUGAACUCAGGCUCCAGAGAGAACAUUCAGACACACAUACAUUACCACGAACCCGAGCGAAGCGAAAGUUCUUGCCAAAGUUCUUGCCAUUUCAAAGACAAUUACAGCGCGAAGAGAGAGAAGCUCUUUAAUAAAGUGGUAACGCGGAGUGAUAUCAAACAAUAUCGAUUUGCCAUACCGAAGCACCAAGCCCAUAAGCACUUUCUGGCUCAUGUCGCAAGCACUUCCAGAGGAGCUUUCUUGUGCAUGGAGGACAAUGAUGGGAAACUUUGGAGAUUCAAAUACUCAUUCUGGAAAAGCAGCCAAGGUUAUAUGCUCACAAGCGAGUGGAACCGGUUUGUAAAAGAGAAGAGGGUGAGUGCGGGAGAUAUGGUUAGUUUUCUCCGCUCAACCGGACCAGAUAAGCGUCUUUUCAUAGACUGGAAGCCCCAAAACCAGUCGGGUUUAGUAGCAAAACCUGAACUGCUUGAACCGACCCAAACUGGUCGGGCAGUUAAGUUGUUUGGGGUCAACAUCUCAACUAAUUAA